AUGAACCACACUGUGAUCACAGAGUUUGUCCUUCUAGGCCUUUCUGAUGAUCCUGACCUUCAGAUUGUGAUUUUCCUGUUUUUAUUUAUCACAUAUGUAUUAAGUGUCACUGGAAACCUGACUAUCAUCACCCUAACCUGGGUGGACUUCCAUCUCCAGACACCAAUGUACUUCUUCCUCCGAAACUUCUCUUUCUUAGAAAUCUCCUUUACUACUGUGUGCAUCCCUAGAUUUCUGGGAGCAAUUAUCACCAGGGACAAGACUAUUUCUUACAACAGUUGUGCAGCCCAACUAUUUUUUUCUAUUUUCAUGGGGGUGACUGAAUUUUACAUUCUAACCGCCAUGUCCUACGACCGCUAUGUUGCCAUCUGCAAGCCCCUGCAUUACACAACCAUUAUGAGCAGGAAACUCUGCAGCCUGCUUGUGCUCUGUGCUUGGCUCAGUGGGUUUCUGACCAUUUUCCCACCCCUUAUGCUUCUCCUCCAGCUGGAUUACUGUGCUUCCAAUGUCAUUGAUCACUUUUUGUGUGACUAUUUCCCCCUUUUACAAUUGUCUUGUUCAGAUACAUGGCUCCUAGAAGUAAUGGGUUUUUACUUUGCUUUGGUUAGUUUGCUAUUCACUUUGGCCUUAGUGAUUUUGUCAUAUAUGUACAUUGUCAGGACUAUUUUGAGAAUCCCAUCUGCCAAUCAGAGAAAAAAGGCCUUCUCCACUUGUUCCUCUCACAUGAUUGUCAUCUCCAUCUCCUAUGGAAGCUGUAUAUUCAUGUAUGCUAAUCCCUCGGCCAAAGAAAAGGCAUCAAUGACAAAAGGAGUGGCUAUUCUCAAUACCUCUGUGGCCCCCAUGCUGAACCCCUUCAUCUACACCCUGAGAAACCAGCAAGUGAAACAAGCCUUCAAAGACAUGGUGUAUAAAGCAGUGUUUUCUGCUAAUAAAUGA